AUGAUGACGGAUGCAGUGGAGCAUUCUACCGAUCGCUUUUUUAAGGAGAGCGCUUCGGCGCUGGGGCGACAGUUUUCCGUCAUUUUUCGUAAUCUGCAGAGUGCACCGCCAAGCCGUCUCCGACGCGUGAAUGAAUGCCUCGCCGACCUUCUCGAUCUCCUUGUCGCUCAUCCAAAGGAGAUUGCGGAGCUGGGACUCUUGGACUACAUCUUUCAGCUCGUGAACGAGACAUUUGACGAUUCUUACGAGAAGGGAAUUCAGGCUCUCCGCGUCGUUUUUGACGCAAAUAUUGGUGAUCAACACGAGAAGCGAUCCCGCUGUGUGGCGCUGCUGAUGAAGCAGGCGGCAAGAGGGAAGUCUGAGGAGGAUUGCGCUGCCGUACUGCAAGUUUUAGGCGAGGUGCUGCAGGAGAAUGUCCGUUCUACCUCUGACAUGCUGGGUAAGCACUUGAAUCGCGCGAUUGUUAUGAUGCGGCAGGGGAUUUCGUUACAUGAGAGAGCGGUGGGGUGUCAAAUACUUGCGACUAUGGUGGCAACAAGCUCUGGCGUCAUCAAACGAAAUCCGGCGCUUUUGGACAGUUUGAAUGCCUCUUGUUCCCCACUGUUUCUUCUGCAAGAGACGCUUGAAAGCGCUUUUAACUGGCAUCGCCACGCUCUUGUGAGUCUGCUUACGAGUGUUGUUGAGAAGCACUGCAUUGAGGUUCCCGCCUCUGUGGUGACCCAAAUGUCUGCCAUGAUGACAGAAUGUAUAGAAACUGCAGAUGAAGAGGGACGUAUUUUAGGGCUUUUGACGGCCAUCGAGACAGUGGCAGCCUCUCCGACCCUCCAAAGUGCACCGUGGCCAUUAACGGCAAUACAUUCGUUUUUGACAGGGCGUGAUUGGAAGGCCGCUACAGCCGAAGCCCGUAACAUGGUCCCACGAGCCACCGGUAAAGCUUUGUUUUUGUUUAGAAACGAUGAGGAGUUGUAUGAUGGGGUUAUGCGGUGCCUUUUGUCGUACAUUUCGGAGUGGGAUCAAACUGUCGCGGGAACUGCGCUUUCGACGUUGUAUGAUAUUCUUAAUGAUGUAAACAUUGCACCGCACGGUGAUCUGGCGGUGAAUGCGGUAUGUGAUUAUAUUGUUAAGUUUUGUUUUUGCCGGCUCCCGUUUGACGUGUUGCGGCGUCUGCUGGUACAGUGUGAGGAGCAAGGCCUGGCAAGAAUUUAUGCCUUGUUCGACCGCAUUGAGAUUGACACGGAGUACGCCAACCUACCGAAGCUGGGCGCGUUGCUGGGAUUCAUGGAGGAACAUGGGCUGGAGGCUUGGAGGCGUUUCAGGCAGCUUCAGAUCGACAUCUCCUCCCGCGUUACCGUGGAUGUGCUGGUAAAUGUCUUGCCGUUUUUGGCGAAGCUCGGCCGCACGGAGCAGAUGGCGCGGAUGAUUGAGUUGAUGUUUCACGAGGAUUUAAGGGUGCGGCGGGCGGCUGUGGACGCCGUUGUGACACUCUGCGAAAAACUCAUUUCACAGACAGAAAACGAUGGCAGUGCUCCACAACCGAUUCAUCGACUCAACAGCACCGUCACGGGUGCUGUGGGGAAGCUGCUCGAUGUGGCUGUGGCCGACCGCGAUGCGGAUCUUCGCUACACCGUCCUGUGCCGGCUGUCUGCCCCGUUUGACUUGUACCUCUCGUUGCAGGAUCACCUUGACGCCCUGUUGAUGGCACGAAAUGAUGUUUCUAGGAAGGCGCGAGAUCGGACCCUGGUGCUGUUGUGUCGUCUGCAUCCGUGCAACCCUGCGAUUGUUCACUCGCAGCUGCUACGUCAGCAGGAGUACAUGCUGCGUGAGAUUGAGGCGAAGGACGGCUCAACUUCUGCAGCCAUUUACCAUGCAUCGCUUCUGCAAAUGUCGGCGGAACACGACACGCUUCUUCUGCUACCCCGCACAGUGGAGCUUGCAGUGCUGGAGCGUUUGUGGCGGCAACCGUUUAUUUCCAAGAGUUUCUCCAUCGCCCUGUUAAACCUGCUGCGUGUCAUUCUGGACCGGACGGGACCGCAUGCCCACUGCGAUGCCAAUCAACUCCUUAAGCCUGUUCUUAAUAUUAUCAACGGAAGCACCUCCUCCAGACGGCGCAAGGCGGCACUUGAGACACUCUGCUCUAUCCUGACGACGAUAACGGUGACGAAGCAGCCCAGCUACGUGGGUAUUUACCUGGCGCUUGCACGCAUCAUUCGCUCCGAGGCGGAGGAGGAUGAGGAGGUUAAUUAUGCCGCCAUGAAGGCGUUGAGUGUGAUCGGUGCUGUAAAUCCUACCAGGCUUCGUCUUGUGCUAAAGGCCUUGGAAGAGGAUGAAAUUGAAGAGGCGGAGGAGGUGGCGACCUCGGCCUUGGCACGCUAUAAACCGCGCAUGCGUGUCAGCCAGCACAUGACAGAACGAUAUCCCUCCGUUGUGCUGUAUUUACUUGUAAAGACGUUGCAGCAGAGCGCCGACCCUGAGCAGCAGGCGGACACCAUCGCCACUAUCAGUUGCAUGAUACGUGAAAUUCCUGGCAAUCAAAAGGCGAUAUUGCUGACACACUUCCUUCCACAACUGCAGGCGUGGCUUGCCGACCCAGAACGUGACCACCUGUAUGAGGGCAUUCUGCUUCUCAUGACGGAGCUGGCCACCCUACUGCGGUGCUUUAGGGAUGUCAUAUCAUUCAACACGGGUUCCGAGCUUCUGCAUUCAGUACGACUGUUUUGUUUGCUGCCACAGGCAUCACAAAAGCCACUUAAUUCAGGUGUUGUGAAGUUAUUGGAUGAAGUUGCCCGAGGCCUGUCUGCGCAGGAGAUGCGCGAUCAUCGUUGGGCGGUAGAGUUUAUUCAUCAGCGGGUCUCACAGGACAAAUCGGACCUGGACCUGGUUCUGCGUGCUGUGAAGUCAUUGGAAUCAUUUUUGGCGGUGUUGCACGAAAAGGAUCUUCAGUCAGUUUUACCACAUGUGCUUCAAUGCAUUGAGCCAGAGGAUGAGGUGCCGUCGGGCUUGCGACCCAAGACAAAGGAUAUCAAUGCAGCCUGCUUUGAUUUUUUAAAUCAAAUUAUGGUGAAGCAGCCGUCACUCGUGAAGGACUGCUGCGCCGAGAUUGUUCACACCGUCAUGUGGUACAUUGAGCACUCUAACAGCCAGGAUGAGAUUGAAAUGGGCUUUAACACCCUUGCCUUCCUUGUUGAUGCUGUGAAUCGUCAAGCAAAGCGCUUCAUAGUCCCCAUUCAACACAUUGCGGAACAAAAGGGAUUCUCAGAUGACAUGUUUCUUGGAUUGCUUGACUUGGCUGCCCAAGGCUUCCUGAAGGUGCGUGCCCCGUCCACCAAACGGGAUAAACUCAACCCUGAACUGCCUCUCAGCGUCGUGUCUCACCUACCAGGGCUUUCGCGGAAGGACUUUGAGGAGGAGAUGCUGAACACGUUGCACCUUAGCAGGGACAAAUUUGAAGUGAUGGAUGUCACACACCCGAGCGGCCAGACGAUCAUAAACCUGCGCUUUUGUGGAGGUGAUGAAUUGGGAACAAUCUUUCGCUUCUUCACCCGAAAGGCGCAGGAAACACAGUCCGUUCUACGGCGCAACUUGGGUAUUCUCAAGUUAGAUCAGACACCGUUGAACGAAUGCAAGGUGGAUGUGGCGCUUUUGCAAAAGAUUGCGACGAUUCCGGUGGCCAACAAGAAGAAACGUGAACAAUCCUGGAUUGCGUGGUUGCAUAAAACCUCGGUGGAGAUGCUUGCCAACUCCCCGAUUCAACCGUUACGUUGCACUGCUGAGCUUGCCAAAUAUAAUAGUGAUCUGUCACGGGACUUGUUUCCCUUUGCAGCUGCUGCCUUUAUUGCACCACUAGAUAAUGCCCAACGGGCACUCGUCAUGAACACCUUUACGCGUGCGCUGGAAAUGUCUCCCAAUGACAUCAAACAAAUUCUGUUUGGCUUUGCAGAGUUUUUUGAGUCUGAACGUGGGAAAAAUAAAAUGAUGGUUGUGAAAAGGACCGAGACUAUGACAUGUGUGGUGGAGCGGGAUAACGUAGAAAAGAGGUUUGGGAUUAAUUACGAUCAGAGUGCUAGGGGCAUUGUGGUGACGAGAUUGGAGCCGAAUGCCCCAGGAGCCAGGGCUGGGGUGCCUGUGGGGGCUCUGUUAGUGGCCAUCAAUGGAAAAAAGGUAUCGGCUGUCAGUGAGAUUGUUUCCAUCAUUAGAGGAGUUAACAAAAUUGAACUUCAGCUAAACUAUGAAGUUGAGGAGCGACGAAGACCGGAGGCUAAACCGCUUAUGGACCUUGACGUUUUAGCGCGUGUUGCCUUUGACUCGCAAAUGCACGCGAAAGCCAUUUAUCUAAAUGAGGUGUUGUUUGACCAGCUCUUUAGUGAAUUGGGGGAGCAGGUCUCUUGUCGUCAGGACGCCGCGGUUCGCGCGGCGCUGCAGGUGGCGGAGCGGCUCAUUGAGUUUUAUGACCACCUGGGAUUGAACAUGGUUGCGAAGGGUUUGGUGAAGAAAAUGUCUGCCAAGUUUUCAGGGAACAUCAUUGCGCCAGAGCAGUCUGGGUUUGAUGAGAUGGGGGCGUUGGAGCAGUUAAACUGGUGGGGUGAGGCACUGGUCCGCUACGAGUCUCGCAUGUUCAACACGGAUGGGUCUAUUAACACCUCCUCCCUCUUGGGAGUGUUGCGCUGUCUUGACGCUUUGGGCGAGACCAUUGAAAUGGAGGUUAUUAUUAACAAAAAUUGGCCGCAACUGGACCGGGAGUCUCGCGCUGAUGUGGCGCCGUUAAAGGCGAAGGUGGCGUUGGCGUUGGGCAGGUGGCAGCAGUUUGACGAGCUCACGGGGGAGUCUGGCGUGCUGGAGCGGCUGGACAUGGUGGAGCGUUGCGCGACAUUGUUUAGGCAGCAUCGUUACGAGGAACUUCUGCGUUUUACGAAGGAGCACCGGGAGUCGCUCUUUGACGCCUUCUCGGAGUCUUUCAUGGAGAGCUACAACCGGGCAUAUGACAUGUUGGUAGAGCUUCAGCAUCUGUGCCACUUUGAGGAACUGGUGUCGUUUGUCAACUCCGGAAGCGAGCGUAGGUGCAUGCUGAAGGAAUUGUGGCAGAGGCGCCUGGCGCAAAUGUCGUCCCGUCCGGCGCAUGUUAGAACCCUCAUCACCAUAAAUUCUCUCGUGCUUUCUCCGUCGUCGGACCUGGCAUCCCAGGUGAUGUGCAUAAAUGCGUUAUCAAAGGCGCAGUGGACCUCGUUUGCGGAUCACAUGUUGAAAUUGUUGCUUGGGCCGGCUGGAGAUUAUCAGGCCCUGUGCAGCCAAGAUCCGGACGUCAUACACGCCUACAUGAAACACUGCUACACAACGAAAAGUAGACGGGAGACGUUGCGUUUGCUUUCCGACAUUCUUAUGCGACUGCAGGUGGACCCUGGAGAUGAGCGUGCGGAGGCGUGGGGUUGCUGUUGGUUGCUGUUGGGUGAAUGGACGAUGCAUCUCUUUCCCGAUAAAGGGGAUGAGGCGAUUGAGGAGCUGAGGAAGGCCACCGAGUUAUGCCCCAACAAUCACCUGGCGUUUCAUUCCUUGGGUAUUUUGCACUACGACAUGUCCCGUGAUCCGAAUACACCGCUUGAGGUGCAGACGCGGCAUUACGUGAGUUCGAUUAAGGCGCUUUUUAGGUCUGUAGAGCUGUCCAGUAUUCGAGGCAACGGCGUUAUGGAGGACGUGCUGCGCAUACUCUCCAUCUGGUUUUCUCACAGCACGCUGCUGGAGAUUAACGAGGUGAUCAAGGAGGGGAUUGACAGGGUGCCAGAUUAUGUUUGGCUGAAGGUGAUUCCGCAACUCGUGGCUCGCAUUGGCAUCACGGCAAAGGCAGCACGGUCCAUUCUCACCGAGCUGCUUGUGCGUGUCGGAUCCAAGUACCCGCAUGCACUGAUUUAUCCCUUGACGGUGACGGAGAAGUCUCCAGAGGCCAUUCGGCAACUGAUGGCGGAGCGCGUGCUGAAGGGGAUACGGGUGUCAAAUGGACCUAUGGUGGGUGAGGCCUCCUUGAUCAGCAACGAAAUGGUGCGCAUCGCCAUUUUAUGGGCGGAGAAGUGGCACAGCCACAUUCAACAGGCGGCGGCAAAACAGACUGACGCCAGUGCCAUUUUGCGCAUCCUCAGUCCAUUGUAUUGGGAACUGGAGAAUCCACUGACGCCCAACGAAUGCUGCUUUGAGAAGACCUACGGUCCGACGCUGCGCCAUGCCAGAGUGGCUUUGCAAAAUAACGCCCUGGACCAGGCGUGGUCAUUGCUAAAGCAGGUGUACGUGCAGCUGAGCAAGGCCACCGGGGAGCGACGCCUCCUCAUGGAGGACUUGUCCCCAACGCUGGGAAGAAUCAGCGAAAGUAUUGUGGCUGUUCCGGGCUCGUUUGUGCUUGGCCAACCGCUCAUCACAAUUCAGAAGUUUCAUCAGCGGGUGUUUGUCAUGUCAUCAAAGCAGAAACCGCGUCGUCUUGGGUUAGACGCCUCAAACGGGCAGAAGUACCGUUUCCUUUUGAAGGGGCACGAAGAUCUGCGGCAGGAUGAACGUGUGAUGCAGUUUAUUGAGUUUGUCAACACUAUUUUCCUCACCGACAGUUCCUCCAGCGCUAUUGGCCUGACGAUCCCUCAGUACGCCGUUAUUCCGUUAACAGAUAACGUUGGUAUUAUUGGCUGGGUUGAAAACACAGAGACCAUCUACCGUCUGCUGGAAACACGGCGCAAAGAACACGACAUUUCCAUCUAUGAAGAGGUGCAUAUGAUUGUCCGGAAUGGAGGGCUGCGUAACAUUGAGGAGUAUCACCAGCAAAGCAAGGAAAAUCGCAAGAAAAUUUUAGGCGACGUCAUUAAUAAUACCCCUGACGAUGAACUGCGACGCAUUAUUUGGGACAAAAAUGACACAUGUGAGCAGUGGUUGGAGUACCGUGUGACCUAUGGCCAUACCCUGGCGAUUAUGUCGAUGGUUGGCUACGUGCUGGGGCUUGGUGAUCGCCACCUGAACAACCUCAUGCUUCAGGAAAAAGGCUCUGUUGUACACAUUGACUUUGGCGACUGCUUUGAGGUGGCAAUGCAUCGUGCUCUCUACGCAGAGGCCGUGCCGUUUCGCCUGACGCGUCUGCUUGUGAGUGCUCUUGGCAUUACUGGGGUGGAUGGGGUGUAUCGCCUGACCUGCGAACUUGUCAUGAAGAACCUGCGACGACAUUGCGAGAACCUCCUUUCCAUUCUUGAGGCCUUCAUCUACGAUCCACUUAUCAACUGGCGUCUCGCAAACGUUGGAGACGGCGACAGGCCACAAUCGCGGACAGAAACCGCGGUGAAGAUGGAGGACAAUAACCCUCUUGGUCCCGUGGAGGAGAAUGCGCAGGGGCCGCAAAUGCAACUGUCAUUCUCUGUGGCGCGGGUGCGUGAGUUCGUUGCGGAUGCCACCUUCGACCAGCUGAACGAGGAAGAAACGCGCAACCUGCAGGGUGACUUGGCUCUCGCCCGCGUUCAUGCCAAACUUACAGGUGAGGACUUUGAUGUUAUGAACAGUAGUUCCCUUUUCCACAGCUCUCGGCGCGACGUGUGCGAUGAAUCCGCUGACAGCUCUUCAUGUGACUCACAGAGUUACGAGGACUCCCAGAAGGACUCCUUCGGAAUGGGGAACCCGGUAUUGACGACGUAUUUGUCGUUGCGGCGGGUGAAUGGCGGGGCCAACUGCCUUGACGUGCCACACCAAGUCGAUCGUCUUAUUCAGGAGGCCACUAGUCUUGACAAUCUCGCGGAAGCGUACAUCACUGGUUGGGCUCCAUUUUGGUAG